AUGUCUUGUGAUGAUGGUUUGGACUGGAAGAAGUUUAUAACUUCUCAAUUUCAAAGCAUUUGCACGGAUGACAAAUUACCUUUCAACGAGUUAGAUCCAGCGUAUCAUAAAUUAAUUUCUUUUAAAAACGAAAGCUCGAAACAAGAAGACUUGUCGGAACAAGAAUUAUUGACCUCCAUAGAAGGUUGGUUUGAUUCCCAACUCUUCUCAAAGAAACAGAUUUUAUCAGCAUGUAAUUUACAACAUCAUCAUGAUCAAUUAAAUUUACGACUAAUUGAUCAUUCCGAAGGAGAAAAUCAAGAAAAGCUGCUACAGGACAUGAUUUACGAAACUGUAAUUAUUCAAUAUUUGAAUCCUUUAUUUCAAAGGUUGCAUCAAUAUGUAGAAAAUAAUUAUUCCAAAGAGCAGAUGAAGAAUCUUCUACUUGGUCCAUUAUCUCGAUUUCUAGAGCUUUCAUUAGAUACUUCAGAUUCAAGAUUGUUAUUUGAAAAUAUUAUUGAUUUACACUAUUCACCAAAUAGAGAAGACAAAUUAUUAGCAUUUUUGAUUUGCAUUCCAUGGUUGGAAACUGGAAUGAGAGACGCUUUGUUUCUGUACGAUUGUUCAACCUCAAUUGAUAAGGUGAAAGAAAGCUUGUUGAAUAGACUCGCUACUUUCAGUGACAUGCUAGGAAGUGAGGAUCUAAUAGCAAUUUAUGGAGAAAAUGCUGCAUUUAUUUUGAAAUUGUGCUAUGGAAGUCAAAACACUUUAAAUUUAAGAAACGUUUCAAUGCACGGGUUUAUAUCCUCUCAUAAUUUUGAGCCAUACCACACAUCUUUCCUAUUAUUUUUAAUGAGUCACUUAGGAUUCAUUAGGACCAAAUAUUAUGAGUCCACUCUUUCACACUUUAACGAAAAGCAAAAAGGAAAAUUGUUACUACGACUGCAAGAGAGGAAAAUAAGUUCAACCCUUCAAGAAAAGGACAGACACACUCUUGGACUUUUUGAGCAAUCAAUUUCCGUUCUGGAAAUUCCACAUGAAGUGUCAACGGUUCUCUCCUCUGUUUUGCCUUUAGAACUGGAUUUCUUGCAAAGAAUGAAGUCUGUCGUUCCGCUGAUAUCCAAGAACGAGUGGAAGUUAGUAAUCGAAAGUUAUGUAAAAUAUCAGCAAGGUACUUCUCAAUUUAACAUUUAUGCCACCCUUUCAAGAAUAUUUCCAAUUUUUGAGGCAUUUCUUCGUAGAUUAUUUGUGUUUUGUAACAUUGUUAGCGAGGAUAAUUAUGACUUGCGAUUUAGAAUGCUACAAGUGGAACGAGCUAGAUCUCUUGUGAUAUUUGACACCAUAUUGAGCAACAACCCAAACGACUAUUACAACAUUGAGGAAAACAAACUCUUCAGGGAGCUGGCCGAUAAUGAAAUUCAUUGUCUUUAUGAUUUAUUCAAAUGGCCUCAUGGAGUCAAAAUUAGAACAUUUAUGGCACAUGGAUGUAUUCAUUGGGAUUGGAUUCCUAAACACUAUCUAGACAGGCUAAUGAUGUUGAUGAUUCAUCUCGUUCACAAGUAUUCUCAACCACAGAAAUCAAUAUCAAACACUGUGAAUACUUGUAGUCAAUUUAUUGAAAGUUAUUCUCCUUGCUUUCACCCUCAGAAACUGCUGAAAGAUGAUAUCUUUAGAGCAUGUGGUCAUUUACAACAAGUCGAGUGUCUUGGAGAAUCUCAAGAUUUUUGCGAAAUGAUACAAUAUUUUGGCCCAACGGAGGUAGCCAAAAACGAAGCCAUUGUUAAUAAGCACAUGGAUGAAAAAUUGAAUACCUUAAUUGGUAAUGUCAAGCAGUGCUUCUUUGAAUGCAGGCAAAUCAAUUAUGAACACAAGAACAGCGCUGUCUCCUCAAUAAUUAUUCAUGUGUUGGAAAAUUUUGUGCGAUUCGAUAUUGAAGAAAUAUCAGAGAAAGAAUUUAAGUUGUUAUUGCUUGCACGUCGAAUGGCCCAAGAAAUAUCUGCCUGUCUUCAGUAUUUGAGUAGUUCCAUCCUUUCGAAAUGGAAAAAAAUACGGCAGCUGAAUGUCACUCAAAAAACAACAUUAAGAAGUAUUGUUGAGUCGUUGGAUCGGCUGCGAACAGCAUGCGAAUUUUGCUUGUUCAUUCAAGUAGGUGUAUUACAAAGGAGUUCGAAUGUGAGCCCUUUUAUAGCUGGGUGUGACAGAUUUUUAUCUCAAUUAACUGCUGCUUUAACAAAAAGCCAAAUCGCAAAGUGUUACGAAAUAAUGUUGGCGUUUACUUUUACUGUGGAUGAGAUCGAACAAUUUGGUUCUGAAAUUUCGCUUAUUCAUCUCAAAAACAAAACUUUGAUCAAAAGCUUGUAUCACAAGCAAAAAUUGUAA